UUGUCCACUAUUAAUGAUGUUACUUCUAGUUAUACUAGCCUUGGUUCCAUUGCUCCAACUCAGCCCUCCUUAGUUCAAGAUCUUCAAUCUACCACUGACACCAGCAUCAGUCCUCAUCAACAUAUCACAAUAGCUCAACCAGGUCACUUGAACCAGAAAGGUUCUAGUCUUCUCUCGGGCUCUUGUGAGAUUCUUUCCACUGAGCCAGGCCGGCGACUAGAAGGAGAUCCCAGCUCAAUGGAGGUUUUGGAUCUUGUAAAAAAUGCCCAACCUAAUAGUAGCACCUCGAUGGCUUCAGUUUCUGUGUUCCGUGACACUACUUUUGAGCACGGUCGCCAUAUUUACGAUAUGAACUGCACUCUAUGUAGCAGGCGGGGCGAGAAAAAUGAAAAGACGCCCAGUGUUCAAGCGAAUAAGGCAAGUGUUAGUAAGGAUUCCUCCCUAGAGCGAUAUAUUUGCCAAGCCGAGACAACAUCGGGACUCCCGAAAAUUUCAUCUAUCUUCUCCUCUCAAAUGGUACUUGAGUCUACAAAAUUAUCUGUCUCAGAUAGCUCAUCUGAAACCCAAAUUUUGAAAACGUGCUCACCCUAUAUGAGAGAUGACAGGACUCUACAAUUGGUUAGUUAA